UUGAUCAGCAAAUCAUUUCUUUUCAAGAUAUUUAAACGAUCCUCUGCUCUUUUCAUAAAUGGACCAAAAGCAACAGAUAAUUUUGUUUAUGUAACACCACAUAUAGAUUUUCCUGAGCGAAUUAAACAGAAAGAUGUUUUAAAAAGUGAAUUAUUUAAAAGACAAGCACAGAUUAAUCUUCACAAACUAGAGGACCUAUGGUCUGUGUAUGAAGAAUUAAAAACAAAAAAAAUGGAAUUGGAAAGGAAAAAAGUACAAGUCUCUUCAGAACUUGGAAACCUAUUAAAAGAAGGGGCCGAAGGAGAUGGUAUUGAAAAGCUAAAAAUACAAUUGGCUCUGUUAAAAGAAAAUAUUAAAAAACUUAAGGUACCUUUAUGGUCAGCUGAAGAAAUGGCAGUAGUGGAAUCACUAAAACUACCAAACACAUUACAUCCUCUAACACCAGAUCAAGGCAGGAAUAUCAUUUAUCAGUACAGUUCAUUGCCUUCAAAUAGUAAAAACCACUUGGAAAUUGGUAAAAAUCAGAAUUUAAUACAUUUUACAAAAAAUGAGAAUUAUUAUUUACAGGGUAAUGCAGCUGUAUUUGAACUAGGAGCAAAAUUUUAUCUGAGUAAAAUAUUAAAACAAAAUAACUUUAUACAGUUUUGUAACACUGACUUCACUAAAAGCUUGGUAGUCGAGGGAUGUGGUUUGGAUCAUACAGAUCCUAAUACAACAUUUAUUUUGCAUAAUAAUGAAGAUGCUGAAGGAAAUUCAGAUAGCAGAUUACAUUUAACAGGAGCUGGUUCAAUCUAUUCAUUUUUUGCUUAUCACACUAAAAAUGUUUUACAUCAUAAAGUGCUGCCACUUAAAUAUUUUGCUAUAGGGAGACAGUAUGUUCCUUCACCUACAGAAGAAGACAGUCUAUUUCAUGUGAGCCAAAGUUCUGUUGUUGAAAUGUUUAUUGUCACAAAAAAUUGCACAGAACUUGAUGCAAUUUUGGAUGAUGUCAUUGUCAUAAUUAAAGAUAUAUACGCACAACUUGGUUACCAUUUUCGUUUGAGUUUGGUUCCAGCUAAUCAAUUAAACAUGUGGGAGUCAUUAAGGUUGAGUAUAGAAAUGUACUCUGGCUCACAGAAAGAUUAUGUUGAAGUCGGAAAUAUCUCUUUGAGUGGAGACUUUAUAAGCAAAAGACUUAUGGUUACGUACACUGAAGAAAAGCAAACUAAAUUCCCACAUAUUUUGUCAGGUACAAUUUUAAAUGUACCCAAGUUUCUAGCAUGUGUUUUAGAGCAAUCCAGUGAUUUUGUUGUACCAGAACCGUUCAGAGUAGAAAAUUGGAGUGUAUAACUUGAUUACAUUUAGUAUUGCUUGGUACAGUACAUAAACUUUAAAUAAUAAAAAAUGCUAACCAUU